AUGGAGCGUUGCAGUAGGCCUAACAGGAGCGACGUUCACUUGUCCAAGGAGGAAGAGGCGAUGCUCGAGGAGAAGACCAAGGAGUACUUCGAUGGCAUUGCUCCCAAGCGGCACGCGAAGCCCCAGCGAAGCGAGUACUCCUCCAAUUAUGUCGACGUCCUGUCCACCGACGGCGAUAUCCCGGAAUUCGUCGAGUUCCAGCGCCUCGAGAAUGAUCCUCAGAAACUCGUCUAUGGUGGAUGCGAAGCGAAGGAGGACUUCGUAGAGACUGAAUAUUACAAGGAUCUCAACGGCGUUGACAAGCAGCACCACAGGACUGGGACAGGAUUUAUAACGAUGGAGAACACCAAAGGCGAGGGCUUCAAUCUUGACUCGGAAGCCUCCACCAUACGUCACGCCUCUUGCAAGGGGAACCCAGCAACUAAUGAGUGGAUUCCAGUUGCUUCUGACAUUGUAGGUGACAGUUCACUCUGAUAAACCAAAAAGAAGUGAUAAUUGAGAAGAGAGCAACAAUGUUGUUAUGACCCUCAAGCAAGCCCGGUGCUUUAUGCAGUUAUUUCAACUUGCUUAUGAGCUUUUACUAUUCUGAAAAUGUACUACAAAUUAUGUUCUUCAAGGUAUUGCAGUGUUUAGAUGUAAGUUUCUGAGUGUUAUGCAUCACUUAAAAAGUGUAAUGAAGAGUUAAUCCUGUUGCUUGUUUCUCCUUUUAAUAUAGAGGACCAGCAAUAUAUAGUAGAAAACUAUUACAAA